CUUUCACAGGGUUUAAGCUAAUAGUAUGCAUAGCAGCUUUAUCUAAGGAGAAAGUAACUUUAAUGCUUUUUAAAUAUGUAUUAAAUGUAUUUAUAUUUUAAAUAUGUAUUAAAUGUAUUUAUAUUUGUUCAAUGUGUGCCAACACAAAUAAAAAAACUUUAGUUACAUUAUUUUCCCAUGAACUGGAAUUGUUUGUUUGUUUAACAUGUUUUGCUAGCUGCUUGUUUUCUAACUACUUUUCAGUUGAUGGUCCAGAAGUUUGCCAGAAAAACUCAGAGCACUUUCUCUAAUCACAUUACUGAUGGAACAACCCAUGUCAUAAUGAAAACAGAUGAGGAGCUGGUAUGUGAACGGACAUUGAAGUACUUUCUGGGUAUCGCAGGAAGAAAAUGGGUAGUUAGUUACCAGUGGAUAAUUCAGUCUUUUAAAGAAGGCAGAAUACUGGAUGAGGAGAACUUUGAAGUUAAAGGAGAUGUAAUCAAUGGCAGAAACCACCAGGGUCCUAAGAGGGCUAGGCAAUCUCUGGCUGAAAAGAUCUUUAAAGACUUUGAGAUCUGCUGCUAUGGACCUUUCACUGAUAUGACUACAGGACAUUUAGAAUGGAUAGUGGAGCUUUGUGGUGCCUCUGUAGUGAAACAACUUCAUCUGUUCACCCAUAAAGUAAAUUCUACUGCUGUUGUUGUUGUGCAGCCAGAUGCUUGGAUGGAGGGCACAAGUUAUGAAGCAAUCCAGCAAAAGAACAAUGUUGCCGUGGUGACUCGAGAGUGGGUGUUAGACAGUGUUGCUUGCUUUGAGUGUCAGGGGUUGGAUGCUUACCUUGUGUCCCGAGACUGAUCUGCAGUUCUUUUUCUGUUGCACAGUUCUUCUCAAUACUGAUACUUGAGUAAUUGUUUUAAGAACUAUGGAUUUCUAAGCAACAUGCAGAGAUUAUGUGCUUGUAGUAUUCUUUUUCAGAGUUAAUAAAUAUGUACUUACUAACAAUGAAAAUGCUUAAGUAAUAUUACUGUAUAAAGAAACAGUUACCAUCUUUGUUGCCAUCUUGUUCUUUAAAGAUUAGUAUUUCUAAUCUCAAAAUAGUCCCUUAAAAUUCGUGUAAAAUAAAUCAAAGAGGUUAGAACCUAAAUAGAGGGGAAAAAUCUAGAAUAUCACCUCCUCAGAGAAACUGUGAUACAUUAUUUACCAUCCCAGCCAGUUCCUGCCUAUGUAUUUAAGAACAUCCUGGAGGCAUACUUAUUUACAAAAGUAAUACUGGGCUCAGGUUGAAUUAAAAUAUACUUGCAUUCCUGAAUAAUCUUCAUAUUUUCAUUUUGCCUAAAUACCCUGAAUAAGGAUACGCGUAUAUCAAUAUGAAGAACCGCUAUUUUGUGGUUACCAGUGCAUGGAUAAUCAUAGGCUGUGGACUACAACUGUUCUGAGAACUACAAACAGCACUCCUGUAGGACACUUUGAUAUCAGUUUAAACUAUGUGAUCACACAAGUGACCUAUAAGACUUGUACUUAAUCCCUAAUAUAAACCAAUUCUUAAAAUGAUAAGCCUAUGCCAGUGUUUUGUUGCUCUUCUGAGAGUGUAUGUGGCAACAAGGAAGAGAUAAUAAACACAGGCACUUUAUCCUAGCGACUUAGAAUAAGCUCUGUAAGAAUCUGUUUCUAGUAGUCCCUGUCUGCAGAAUGAGACUGCAAAGAAGAUAUAUUGCUUUUUAUGAAAGAAAAUAUACUGCUUCCUUGUUUUCGAGCAGUUCAACUUCAAAAAUAGUUCUGUACCUUUAGAACCUGUCUUCAUAAAGUUGUUUAAAAAAAAUCAUAAUAAAAACUUACAGAUAAGCUAA